GUAUGGUUCACUUCUCCAAUCUGUGCAAUGAUAAAGGGUGACUGAACUGCCUCAUUGUUAUUUAUUGCAUUUGACUCUAAUAAUACAUUAAUUAGCCGUUUUACUGAACACAACGACUGCAAUAUCAUACAUAACAAGUCGUGACAGCCAUGCCGAUGUGAGUAAUACUCAGAGGUGUGGCGUAUCGGGCGUUGUUCUAAGUGCUGUGACGUUUGGUGUUAAGAAAAUAUUUCUAUUUCGACAUAAGAUGACCGAGUACAAGUUGGUUGUGGUUGGUGCUGGAGGCGUCGGUAAAUCAGCCUUGACUAUACAGCUGAUACAAAAUCACUUCGUGGACGAGUAUGACCCAACGAUAGAAGACUCCUAUAGGAAGCAAGUAGUGAUAGAUGGAGAGACUUGCCUGUUGGACAUCUUGGACACGGCUGGACAAGAGGAGUAUUCAGCUAUGAGAGAUCAGUACAUGCGAACUGGUGAAGGUUUUCUGCUAGUGUUUGCAGUGAACAGUGCUAAGAGUUUUGAGGAUAUAGGGUCAUACAGGGAACAAAUUAAACGAGUGAAGGACGCAGAAGAAGUGCCGAUGGUGUUAGUUGGAAAUAAGUGUGAUUUGCAAGCCUGGGCGGUAGAUAUGACGCAGGCGAGAGAGGUUGCCCGAAGUUAUGGAGUGCCUUUUGUAGAAACCUCAGCUAAGACCCGUAUGGGUGUUGAUGAUGCAUUCUACACCCUAGUUAGAGAGAUUCGCAAAGAUAAAGAAAGCCGGGGUAAGAAAUUUAGGCGAGGAAAUAAGUUAGGUUCCAGGCGUUCCUUCAAAUGUACACUACUUUAAGUCAGGCCUAAUAUUGUUAUUGCAAGCAGGACUCAGUUUAAUGAAUUAUUUCCAGUGUGGUAUUUGUUUUGAUAAUAUAUAGAAGUCAUAAUUCAUAUAUCUAUUCAAUCUUUGUAAUACAUACCUCUAACAAAGGUAGGUCUUUUAGUACUUUUAAAGCUAUAUUACUGCUGGAAUGUUGAUAUCCAAGGUACAUAGUCUUUCUGCAGUGCUUUAAGCAGUUACUUCGUUCAUAUAUUGCAUAAUUUUCUCUGGUGUCUUUUCAAUAAAUAAAAUAUAAAUAAUAUUGUGAUAACAGUGCCAUGAAUACUUUAUAGAUAAGCCAGUUUACUAAACAAGGCUCUUGUUUAAUUAAAAUUGCAACUAAAUAACCUGGGUAUAUGAAAACAAAACAAUACCGUUGAUCUACACUGUAAAUAAUGUCAUUAAAUUAUUAAUUAAUGAUUUAUUUUACCUUUAUACACAAAUUUUAAUUUUAUUACUUAGUAUAUUAAUAAAAUUUUAGUGUUUGUAUUUACAUCACCAAGUAAGGAUUACAAGGUAAACCAUUUAAAAAAAUACCCAAAUGUUUGGGGUUAUUAAUUAAACAUCAGAAUCUGUUUGUCAAACUUUUGUCAGACUUAUAAAACUUUUAGUAGUAUUUUUUUCCUACCUAAAGGUUUCACUUACCUCUGGUGCAUAAUUAAUGCAAAUAUGAAAUAAAUGCUAAGUAAUAAAGUAAAUCAUGUAUAAUUUUUUUUUUCAAAGCUUAAAUAAUCAUGUAAUAUAACAUUACUGUAAUUAGUAUAUAUCUGGAAAUCAAUAUCACAAGUGAGUUUUUAUUAAAACCAGACUUUGUACAUUAUUAUAUUUUUUUGGAUUUGGAUGUAUUAAAUAGUUAACAUUAAUAAAUCUACUAUAAGUAUGUAAUAGGUACUGUCAGCAUGCAAACUUAUUUGCGCUCUUAAAAUCCAUUAUAGUAAGUUAUCAAUCUACGAAAAAUUUUAUCAUACUAUGUUUAGGGUCCUGCUAAAAAGCAACAAAAUGGGAACAUUGCUGCAUGUUUCAACUCUGUUACAUAUUUUAUUUAAAGAAUAUUAACGCGUUCUUAAUUUAUAUCUUUGUACAGUUUGCAAACGGAUUUAUCCUGUCAUUUGGAAAGCCAAUAUCAAUGUUUCACCAAGAUUUUCAACCCUUAAUUAGAAAAUCGGUUUAUUUUUUGAAAUAUGGAAGAAGCCGUAGAAUAUAAAGAGUUUCGUUUUUGCUUUAAAAAGAAGCAAAUAUGUAUACGUUAAAAUGUUCCCGUAAAGACUUCACGCGAAUUGACACUUUACCAUAUUUUUGUACUAUGAAUUCAUUGUAAAUAUGUUCGGAUUCAGCUUCCGCUUAUCAGUUUAGAUAGUAUUAAAUCAAUUAUAGCUAAUGAUAUCCGUAAUAGUAUAUAAAAUAUGAGACAUUUAUUAUACUAUUUCGCAAUCGAAACUAUUUCUAAAGUCUUUUUAGAUUUUUUUUAAUGAAGCAUAGUACUUCAUUGCAUUGAAGUAUACAUAUAAUAUUUAAGUAAGCUAUGUAUUUGAAUUCGUCGUGUAGUUAUGACGCAAAAAAAUCCUUUUUUUACAUCGAGUACAAUCGAUGGCGAAUCGAUUCUUUAAAAAAUCUCUAUUGUUUGUCGUUAGCUUUAAAAACUGCAAAUGUUACUAGGUGCAUAAAAAUUAUAAGGAAUUUUCAUCACAAAUGCAUCAUAACAUUUCCUGUGUGGUUUAUAUCAUAAAACGAUGAUAAUAUAUUACACAGGUUUGAUUAGUAUUUGUUUACGACUUUAUUAUAAAUUAUUUCAAAUAUAUGUAUUAACCACAGACAGUAAAGAAUUUGAAGUGGGCGUUAGCACGCUAAUAACAAUAAUUUAAGACCCCCUAGCGCCCAUUUUAUAUAUUUGUUAAAUUAAUUCAUGCCAAUUAAUAUUCCUUCUUUAGUUAAUCUUUUAAGCAAUAGAUUUGGCGGUGUAAGACGAAAUCAAAGUGGUUGUGUUCUAUUAAUAGGCGUAAACAACUAUAUUUUUUUGAUAAAUAUACUGACGCAUCGCAAUUAGUCUAUAGCUUUCUAUUGUAUGAAAACAUCUUAACGUCUUGAAUAAUAAUUUUGAAGUAUUUAUUUGCAUGUUUACACAUUUACGCAAAUUAAAAGUUAUGUUCUGUGAAACUAUAAAAUUGAUUAACCUGCUUUAAAUACAUAGUACUAUAAUUAUUUACUCGUUUAUUAUAAUAAAACUGAGUACCAUUCUAUUAUUAUAGAAAGACGUUGAAGUAGGUAUUCCUAUUUCAUAAAACAGAUCAGAUUACUGUAAAUUAUCGAACGCACACCUUGAAAAUGCUAUCAAUAUUUUAGAUACUUUUUUUAAUUAUAUUUUAUAAGGUGGUCAAAAGGCAGAAGUUUGUCUUAUUAAAUAUGUAUUGAUUUAUGUGUAAGGAUCUAAAUGCAAUUGUUGGCAGAAGAAACAUUGUAGGUUAUUCAGGUAUUUCCCAUUAUUUUUUAUUUUAUAAAUAAUAUGCAACCCAUUGUUUAAUUAGAAAAUAAAUGUAUUAAGUUCUUCUAGCUUUUGUGGAAAAUUAUGUACAUUUUUCCUACAAACCGCAACCACCAAUAGUGCCGAAUUAUAAACUAAUAAAGAAAAUUCAAGUACCUAUAAAUUCCUUAAUGGAGUAUAUUGUAUCAUGAUCAUAAUCAGUAUGACCAGUCAAUGAAGUUUAAUAAAAGGCAUACAAUUACUUUAUAAAUUUAUAAAAUUCUGUGUUGCCGAUUGUUUGUGUCGUAAAUUUGGAGAUCACAUCCUAGAUUCUGUGUUACGGACUUUUUGUUAAGGAAUUUAAAGGUACAAAUAAGUAAAUUAACGAAUUUUUAUAUCUGCAGGUUUGAUUUUAACUUUCUCUUUAAUUAUUAAGUUAAUUUUAAUUGUGUAGCUUAGAUAAUUUACUUAUAUUAACGAAAUGUAACUGCCAUGUAGUCAGUCCUAUAUUUUUGCCAUUAAACUAAAAAGUUUUAUACAUACAUAUAUUAAUUCAAAUAAAGCUUUACUUUUGCAAAUUUAAGGAUCUUGUAUAAUAAUCAUACUUUGAAUUCAUAUCAAAGCUAAAGCACAAAGGUUUGUAAUAGUAGAUUAAUUAUUGUGAAUAAAAUCAUUAUAAUUCUGUAAAAAUGCACUGGGAUUGUGCUUGUUGAAGUUAAUAAAUUGGCAAAAAUA